CUCACCCAGAGCCAUGUCCCUCGCGACGCUCCAAGUCGUGCCCCUCGACGCCGAGGCCAGCGGCUCUGACGCCCUCCCGCAGCGCCGGAACCGCCGCGCACACCUCGCCCCUGAGCUUCUCCGCGCGCACAAGCUCGCGGCGGGCGACUGGCUUCUCGUCCGUUCGCGUCUCGGCGGCGAGGCAACCCCCAAGCCGCUUGGGUGGAUCGUUGCGCAGAUCUGGCCGCGUGUCGGCCUUGAAGAGGAUUCGAUUGGCCUCUCGCCGUCACAGAUCGCCAACCUCGGAGAAGGCGACGUCGAGGUGUACCGCUUCCCCACGGCGUCGAGCAAGGGCGUGCUCAAGCUGGUUACCGUUAAAGAGGUGGAAUCGAAGAAUAAGGCAUCGGCCGAUGAGAGCGGCGUGAAGCGCGAGGCUGGGUGGCGCCGCGCGGCCGUCAAGGAGGCUUUGAGACUAAACCUGACGCCAGACUCGGUCAAGUACGUUGCUCCUGGUUACAAGGUGACGGUUGGCGACGGCAGCUCUGUCUUCGUCGUCACCGACAUCCAGGUCUCGACCAAGGCGGCGCCGCCCUCAGCCGACGGCGUGGCCAAGGACCUCGGCGCACUGUCGCUCAAGGACUUUGGCCCCGUAUACGAGGUCGAGUGGCGCAGCAAGGUGGCAUUUGAGGAUGAGGCUGGUGAUGACAAGGCGGGUGACAAGGGUGUGACUGCGAGUGGAUUCAAGUCCACCGCCACCACUGCCGCCAUCCCCUCCUACAUCAACAUCUUCGCCCCUUCCGAGUCCGCUUCGUCCUCCUACAACCAGCUCGGUGGCCUCGGCCCCCAGAUCAAGCAGGUCAAGGCACUCCUUGACCUGCCGUUGAACAACCCCGAGUUGUUUAGCCGCUUCGGUCUGACUCCGCCGCGCGGUCUCCUGCUCCACGGACCUCCGGGAACGGGUAAGACGGCGCUCGCUCGGGCCAUCGCCUCGUCGACGCCAGGAUGCUCGUGCAUCGUAGUUAAUGGUCCUGAGCUGUCGUCUGCGUUCCACGGCGAGACGGAAGAGCGUAUUCGCGGCGUGUUUGAGGAAGCGCGCAAGCGCAGCCCGUGCAUCAUCGUGCUCGACGAGGUCGACGCGCUCGUGCCCCGCCGUGACGGCGGUGAAGGUGGCGAGGUCGAGCGCCGUGUCGUCGCCAUGCUCCUCACCCUCAUGGACGGCAUGGGCUCAUCGAGUGCCAACGAGCGCGUCAUCGUCAUCGCGGCCACCAAUCGGCCCAACAGUAUCGACCCGGCGCUGCGCCGUCCCGGACGCUUCGAUCGCGAGAUUGAGAUUGGUAUCCCUGACGCUGUGGGUCGGCGCCACAUCCUCGACAUCAUGCUCGCCAAGAUGCCGCACUCUCUCACUCCCGAGGAAGUCGACGCAAUCGCGGCCAGGACGCACGGCUAUGUCGGCGCCGAUCUUGGCUCGCUGGUGCGCGAGUCGGCAUCGGCCGCCAUUCAACGCUGGUACGAUAACCCUGCAGGCGCCGACGCUCCGCUUCUCACCUACGCCGACGUGCUCCACACUUUGCCGACUAUCCGGCCUUCGGCCAUGCGCGAGGUGUUUGUGGAGACACCCGCGGUCCGCUGGACCGACAUUGCCGGCCAGAACGAGGUCAAGCAAAAGCUGCGUGAGUGCGUCGAGUGGCCCCUCACGCACCGGGACACGUUCGACCGCCUCGGCGUGGAAGCGCCACGCGGUGUGCUCCUCUACGGCCCGCCAGGUUGUUCCAAGACCCUCACUGCCAAGGCCCUCGCCACGGAGAGCGGUAUCAACUUUAUCGCUGUCAAGGGCCCGGAGCUGCUCAACAAGUACGUCGGCGAGUCGGAGCGCGCUGUGCGUGAGAUCUUCCGCAAGGCGCGCGCUGCCUCGCCGUCCAUCGUCUUCUUUGACGAGAUUGACGCACUCGGCUCGGCCCGGGACGGCGGAGAAGGAGGCCACGGGGGCGUGCUCACGUCGCUCCUCAACGAGAUGGACGGCAUCGAGCAGCUGUCGGGUGUGACCGUCGUGGCCGCCACCAACCGGCCCGACGUGCUCGACGCGGCGCUGACUCGUCCCGGCCGCCUCGACCGGAUCCUGUACGUAGGUGCGCCGGACCGCGAGACACGCAAGGAGAUUUUCCGUAUACGCUUUGCCUCGAUGGCCGUCGAGCCGGGCGUCGAUGUCGACGAGCUCGGCCGCAUCACCGAGGGUUGCUCGGGUGCCGAGGUCGCUUCCAUCUGCCAGGACGCGGCGCUGGCGACCAUGAACGAGAACCUCGAGGCGCCGUACGUGACCCGCGAGCACCUCCUCCACUCGGCGCGUACCGUCCGCCGGCGCAUCACGCCAGACAUGAUCCGGUUCUUUGAGCGCUGGCGCGACCAGUCGGGCAUCCGGAUAUCCCUUCUCCAUGACAUGCACCUCGAAGCCCAGCGUGUCGCGGUACAGGCUGAUGGCGGCGCGGUUCGACUUGCGGACGUGCAGCGUGAUGAACGCGGCGUUGUAGUGCGCCACCAUGGCGUCCUGCGCCUGGCGCAUGAGCUUGUUGGCGAGACCGAGGCGGCGGUAUGGCCGCAGGACAGAGAUGGACGUGACGUGGCCCGAGGGCUCGUCGGAGGGCUCUUCCUCCCUGCGGCGGCGUCAGCUCGUUCUUCUAGUACCCAUGCCCACGCACAUCUUGGCAAGGAUGUACCCCACGAUCCGGCCGCUCGGGUCGACAGCGACAUACGACAGCUCGGGCCAAGUGAGCGCGUGGUAGAGGUCUGGCUUACAACAGCACUCACAGUACUUGAAGGUGUAGUUCUCCGGCAGGUUGAGCAGGUUGGCAUUCUGCAUGCCGAGGAGGUCCUCGAUCUGGCGUCAGCUCACUCUCGUGCGAAUAAGCUCACCGUCGCUUGUCUAAUGUCCAUUGUGGGCUUUUGUUGUUGUGGUGGAUACUUGGAAGCAACUCGACCAACAUUACUCGCUCGACCAACUUCGACACUCGGUUCAACAUCUCGGCGUGAUAAGUCGUUACACGUGUCAUUUGCCGCAUGA